GACGUGAGACUCAGAUCCAGAACUAUACGACGAAGCUCUGGCCUCGGAGUCGAAAAAGAAAACCGCUUUUGUCACCGGAAAAAGCGAAGCUGGAGAUCGAUGAGGCUCUUGCAACUAGUUUUUCUGUUAGCUUUAACCACUGGAAUCUCCGCCAUUCUCAUCUACAUCACCGGCGUCUCCAAUCUCUACGAGACUAAUCAGCUUACGAAUGAAGAUCUGGAGGCGUUGCAGUCUCUGCAGAGCGGAUUCCAGAAGUGCGUUAGAGCCAAUGGUUUGGGACUACAAGCUGUUACUGGUAAAGAUUAUUGCCAAGUCAUGAUGAACUUCCCGAGCGAUACUGUCCCUAAAUGGAAAGAUCCUAAGACUGGAGAGCUUGAAGGACUUUCAUUUGAGUUUAACCUAUGCGAAGCAGUGGCUACAUGGGAACAAGUCAGGAAUAGCACUACAAUACUCACCAAGGAGUACAUUGAUGCCUUGCCAAAUGGCUGGGAGGAUUAUGCAUGGCGCAGAAUUAAUAAAGGAGUACAACUGAAUCGCUGCCAGAAUAAAUCUUUAUGUGUUGAGAAACUUUCAUUGGUGCUUCCUGAAACACCUCCAUAUUUCCCACGGCAGUUUGACCGGUGUGCUGUUAUUGGUAACUCUGGAGAUCUUCUAAAGACAAAGUUCGGGGCGGAGAUAGAUACUUAUGAUGCAGUUCUUAGAGAGAAUGGUGCCCCGAUCCAGAAUUACACAGAACAUGUAGGAAAGAAGGGCACGUUUCGCCUUCUUAACCGAGGAUCGGCAAAAGCUCUAGACAAAGUCGUGGAGUUGGAUGAAACAAGGCAGGAGGCCCUACUAAUAAAAACAACAAUUCAUGAUAUAAUGAAUAAGAUGAUCCGGGAAGUUCCGAUUAAAAACCCUGUUUAUUUAAUGCUGGGUGCUUCAUUUGGCUCGGCAGCCAAGGGAACUGGGCUGAAGGCUCUUGAAUUUGCUCUCUCAAUAUGUGAUUCUGUUGAUAUGUAUGGUUUCACAGUGGAUCCAGGUUACAAAGAGUGGACUCGAUAUUUUUCAGAAUCACGACAAGGGCACACUCCUUUGCAUGGUAGAGCAUACUACCAGAUGAUGGAGUGCCUGGGUCUCAUUAAAAUCCAUUCUCCUAUGAGAGCUGAUCCAAACAGAGUCGUGAAAUGGGUGCCUACCCGCGAUACAAUCACAGCGGCAAGAAUUGCGGCAGGGAAGCUUUUAAGGAGAGUUGGAGCAAUGUCUUCAGAGCCGUUGGCUUCGUGCUCCAUAAUAAAGAAGCGAGACAAACACAAGCGUCCGAUGGUCGCACACCUCAGAAAACCUGCGACCGAGCAUCAAAAAUUCGUGAAAGGUGCAACCAUGUACCCUUUGGAACACAGUCCAGGGCAUGGUCAGGUUUGCAUUGUACCGGCCGACUGAGAGACUCUGAAGACAGGGACAGGUAUUACAGUUUCUACAAGAAUUCAUCCCCGGUCUGAAAAUUCACUUGUCUAGGAAUCAGUUUAUUGCUAUAAAGGGAGGGGAAACAGGUAUUAGAUGGACGAAAACCGAUUCAUUAACCGCAAGUUUGAAAGAACGGACAUUGCAGGGAUUUCGAUCUUCAACGCCGAGGUUAGGAUCCAUUCUUUUCUUUUCUUUUUUUCAUCCAGUUUCUGAUAUUUUAGUUUCAUUAAGAUCAGAAUACACGACGACUGAAAUAGGCAAAGAUUGGAAUUGUCUUUAAAAAAAAAAAAAGCGUAUCUGUGUUUUCGUUUUGUAAACUUUAUUGUGAUAAAAUGCAUAUCUGGGGGUUGUUUC